AUGUCGAAAUUCGGGGUCCUGGUUAUGGGUCCUGCCGGUGCAGGCAAGACUACUUUCAGCAAUGCCAUCAUUCAACACCUCCAGACUACUCGACGUAGCUGUUUCUAUGUCAAUCUCGACCCUGCCGCUGAGACCUUCGCUUAUGAACCAGACCUCGACAUUCGCGACUUGAUCACAUUGGAAGAUGUGAUGGAAGAGAUGGGUCUAGGUCCCAAUGGAGGCCUCAUUUACUGCUUUGAGUUCCUACUUCAGAACCUGGAAUUCCUCUCAGAGGCACUCGAACCGCUGAGCGAGGAAUACCUCAUUAUCUUCGACAUGCCCGGCCAGAUCGAGCUCUACACUCAUAUCCCCCUUCUACCAUCCCUCACACAGUUCCUUUCCCGACAAGGACCCUUGAACAUCAACAUGUGCGCCGCCUACCUCCUCGAAAGUACCUUCGUCGUUGACAAGGCCAAAUUCUUCGCCGGUACACUAAGUGCCAUGUCUGCCAUGUUGAUGAUGGAGAUGCCCCACGUCAAUAUUCUCAGCAAGAUGGACCAAGUCCGUGAUAUGGUCUCCCGCCGGGAAUUAAGACGCUUUACAAAUGUGGAUGUUCAAUUGCUACAGGACAAGGAAGAAGAUGACCUCACCGCUAGCGCCAACCCGAUGGCCAAAGAAUCUUUGAUGAGCGGUGGAUCCUUCAACCAACUCAACCGGGCUGUUGGACAGUUGAUUGAUGACUUCAGCAUGGUCUCUUUCUUGCAACUCGACGUCCAAGACGAGGAUAGCGUGGCGGCCAUUGUUAGCCACAUCGAUGAUGCCAUCCAGUACCAUGAAGCCCAGGAACCCAGAGAGCCAAAGGACGAAGUCGAGGUUAAUUAUGAGGAUUGA